AUGUUGACUAAACCGCCUUGCAAACUUAAAUUCCACCCCACUGCCACCACACCCACUCCUCCUUCUCCUCCUCUGAUGACGAUGAUGCCUAUUCCCAUUAUUGAUUUCUUUCUUUCGCUUUCUUUUCUCUUUCUCUCUCUCUCUCUCUAUCUCUCUCUCUGUCUUUAUCUCUUUUUAUCUCUCUCUUUCCCCUCUUUCUCCCACUUUCAGUUUCUAUCUUCCUAUCUGUUUAACUUUUUUUUUUCUAUGCAUUUAUGCAUAUCUUUUUCUGUGUAUUCCUUUUUUAUUUUCUUAAAUUUCACAAAUUUUCGUCUAUCCAAAUUUUCGUCUUCUUUUAUCGUCACAUCUUUCUUUGUUUCUUCUCCUAUCUCGUCCCCGUUCUUUUUCAAUCAGAUCAUUUUCCUACUUUUUUUGUUUUUUCCCAGUUAUUUUCUUAUACGUCUUCAUCUAUCCUCAUGA